AUUUUUGCUUGUUUGUCUUGAUGUAAAGGGGGACCACCCCGGCCAGCGUCGUCACAGACAUCGUUGAUCAGUCUGCACCCACGCAAAUCUUGUCUACCUACCUACCUACCCACCACCUGUUACUUCACAAAACCAACAGCAUAGCAUUUCUCUCCCCGUAAAAAACAUUCGCGGAUUCCCGAAAGUAAACAGGCAGCUUUCAAACAGAACGAGAUUCGCAGAGUUGUUCUUUUAGCAACUCACCACUUUACUUCUAAAAUCCGACCGCCCAAACGAACCCAAACCAUCACAGCACCCUCACCUACUCGCAACGCGAAACCUGAUCGAAAUCGCAACAACAUUUCCUCAUAAACACCCGCUGCGAUGGCCGACACAGCUCCCGCUGCCAAUGGUGGCUCCAACAUUGAUGCCCUGAAGAACAAUGCUGCUGCUGCGUAUGAUUCUGUAACCAACGGCCCCGUCGCUCAGAAUGUCAAGGAUCAGUCCGCCAAGACGACUGCAGAGCUCAACAACCUCGCUGCAUCUCGCCAGACACCUACUCAGCCCGCUGCCACUGGCCAGCCGUUGACGCACUACCACUCAUUUUUCUCGGAGCUUCUCUCCUGGAAUAACCCUCGCGCUUCUGGGAUCGCGUAUGCCUCCAUCGUUACUUUCAUCUUUGCGGUUAGAUACCUGGAUGUCAUUCGGUGGAGUCUGAAGCUUUCCGGUUAUGUUCUCGCUACCACUGUCGCUGCCGAGGUCGUUGGUAAGGCCAUCCUCGGCACCGGCUUCGCCAGCCAGCUUCGGCCCCGCCGUUACUACACAGUCUCGCGUGAAACUCUCGAGAGCAUGACUGGUGAUGUUCACGAGCUUCUCAACUUCUUUUGCAUUGAGUCCCAGCGCAUUUUGUUCGCGGAGAAUGUUACCGUUUCCGCAGUUGCCUGUGUUGGAGCCUUGAUCUCUUACUGGCUGGUCAAGAUUGUUCCAUACUGGGGUCUCGCCCUCAUGACCACCACCCUUGCCUUUGUGGCUCCUCUUAUCUACAAGACAAACAAGGAGAUGAUCGACGAGCACCUGAAGCAGGUUUCCAGCAUCGUUGAGUCCCAGACCAACCAGCUCAAGGAGGUCGCUGGCAAGCAUACCGCGCAAGCUACUGAGCUCACCAAGCAGUACAUGGGAGACUGUACCGCCAAGGCUCAGUCGCUGCUCCGUGGCCGCUCCCCCGAGACAGUCUCUAAGACGCCUGCUGCCCCUGCCCCUGCGGACAACCUGGCCCAUGACCUCCCUUCUGCCCCUACGACCGACAUCAAGACCACCGAGCCGAUCACGGAGGAGAAGGAGCCUCUUCUGGCCUUGUAAAGUACUCAGUCCAUUAUAAUUGACUGGAAAAGUUACUUUCGACCAAGACGAGACAUGUCAUCACGAUAAUCUCUGUUUGAGAAGGUUGUGCUCGGAGACAAAUUGGUUGUCACUUUCUGCUGUGUUGAGGAAGAUCCGGGUCAGCACGCCUAUCCAUGACCACAAUUUGAUACACCGACUCUCCUGAUAUUAUUUGACGGAGUUUUUUUUUCUAGGCGUAAAGACAGAAAUGAUUGGAAGCAUACGGAAAAUGAACGACGAUCGGACCGGUAUCAGGACAAACUUGGGGGGGCUUAUGAUAAUUUGUUGGCUUUUGUCGUCCUUUUUUUCUUUCUUUUUCUUUCUUUCGCAGGUGUUCCGCUGGCUCUUCUGUUUUCUUUAAUGGCUCGGAUCCCCUUAGGUACGUCGUUUGGAAUAGGGGAGACCAUUUUAAUUUGUUUACUUGCGUGGGAGGCUAUUCGCAGGCUAUUCAUGGAAGAUAACGAAAGUGGGUCGAAAUAUGAUGAGGACACCGUUGAUACAUUGAGGCUGUUGGUAUAUGCUUAAGCUGCCAAGUCUCCCGGGGCACGCUCAGAUUGUUCCAGAUUCAUAUGCUUCGAGUUUGGCUGAGCAAAUCUGUUUGGCUGUUAAUGAUGGCUAGGCUCAUUGCGCACGAUCAUUACUGAGAGGAAUGGGUAUCGUCACAAUCGCUUAUACCUAGUCGGAACCUGGGUUGGCCUAACGGUCCUGUCUUUUUUUCUUUAACAGCAACUUGAUUUGUGUUUAGAAGGUUCAUAGUCAGUAUACGGGUACCCCAAUGAGAAAGCAAUCAAGAAAUAUG